CCUAAUUCAAUUAUUGCCUUGUUCAUACUUCUUUGCCCUUUUCUUCUUCGUAUCGUAUGCUGCACCGUCCCUUUUGAUUUGUUUAUAUUACUAUUAGCGGGUACUGAGCGGUUUCAACAAAUCAAGCUCAAUAUCAAAUUCAACACAACGAAUAUUGAAUGCAACGGUUUUCCCCAUCAUCAAAUCAUCCAAGUCCUUCUGUUUUAGCAGUAGAUAGUGCUAUUACUAAUAAUAAUAAUAAUAAUACAGAGACGAGUAGCAAUCAUAUUGAGAUUACCAGAAGAUUACCUCUGCCGUCCUGGGUAUUGAGAAGACCUCCAUGGAGACUCAAAAGAGAUGAUAAAUACAUGAUGUUAACAGACGAUCAUACAACGCAGUAUCAGUCGUAUCUUUUUUAUGAUGAGGUAGAAAUGUUAACAUCAAGUAUAGCAGAAUACAACAGAUUUGGAGUUCCAGAAACUCAAAUUGAAGGUGGCAACAGCGAACAAAAAAGUAGUAAUACAGCGUUCGGCUGUACAGAAAAUAAUACUAAUAGUCUUCACAUACAAACACAGCAACAGCGAAGGGAAGGCAGCCGCAUAAGGACACAUCGACGGUUGCCUGGCUCAGUAAUAAACAGUAAUAAACCUCCAUCAACACAAGAAAAACAAAUCAUACCAAAAUGUCCUCUAUCAAAUACUACCUCCUCUCCCCUAAAACGCUCGUAUACAUGCCAGAUACCAUCAUUGGAAAUUAAUCAUCGCUCUCAGCGUGGUACGAGCACCGCCGCCGCCACGGCUAGUUAUGCCCGUAUACAAUAUCUUACAAAUAACAGUUGUCAAGGCUUUCCUGACAGAAGAACAAGUAGAAAUUACCAUCAGGAUCCUUUGAUUCAAGCAAGAUUAAAUGAAUUACUACAGAAUGAGAAGGUUCAGCAAAUAUCUAAGCUCAUAAACGAAAAGAAAUUAAACCGUCACUCAAGUAAAUAUAUCUGGUCAUCAAAAGGUUGCAAAUAAAUCACGCAUGUUGUCAAUAUGGUCUGGAUCCCCUCAAUAGAACCAUAACCAUGUAGAAAUAGGCAAGGAACUAUAUUCCUUUCAUACAUUGUUUGAAAGGCAGUUAAACUUAGUCGGGAUUCAUGCACUGGUAUCUGUGGCGUAUCAAUGUGACAAUUAAUCUUGCUCUUUACCAAAUUUCGAGCUCCUUACGGGA